CCCUAGCCGCCGCUAGCUUUUUUCAUACUCCAUAGUGGUGGUAUAUUAUUAGUCUUAUUAUUCACAGUCGCCCUUCGCUCACAUCUUCGGCAUCAUCUUCAUCGUCCUUUUCAUAGCCUAGGGUUUUCUUGGCCUGCCUUCUUCGCCUCUCCAUUCGGUCGUUGUCUAGUGAGAUUAGGUAUGAAGUUAUUUGAAAGUGACGAUGAGGAUAUAGAGAAGCUUAGCAAAAUCCAGGUUAAUGAGGAGUUUGCUCGCCGGUUCGAACACAAUAAGAAGAGGGAGGACCUUCAGAGAUUUGAAGAGUUGAAGAAGAAGGGUCUUGUUGAUGAAGAUGAAUCUUCGGAGGGUUCUGAGGAUGAAGAUGACAUCAAUGAGUUUGGCAAGUCAGUUAGUAAAAAGGAUGCCAAGUUUUUUGAUGCUUUGAUCAAGAUCAGAAAAAAAGAUCCCGUCUUACAAAACAAAGAGGCUAAACUGUUUGAGUCUGAGUCUGAGUCCGAAUCUGAUUCUGAAGCUGAUGUUGAAAAGGAAGCCGGUGCAAAGAAAAGGCCAAUGUAUUUGAAAGAUGUAGUCUCAAAGCAUUUGAUAGAGGAGGGGCCAGAGUUCGUUGACGAAGAUGAACACGGAGAUAAAGAUAAGGGUGAGAAGAAGGUUAAGACAUAUUUAGAGGAGCAAGAGGAGCUCAGGAAAGAGUUCUUCGAUGCAGUGGCGAAGGAGGAGAUGGAAACCGAGCAGGAUGGGGAUGAAAUAAUAAAGAUUAAGGAGAGAAGGAACGGAGGAGAUGAAGAUGACGAAGAUGAUGAUGGGGAGUUUUCCAAGAAGCUAGAAGAAUAUUUUGGAAAGGAUGAUAAGUUAGAUGAGAAUGACCGGUACUUGAAGGAUUUCUUCCGGAACAAAAUGUGGUUGCAUAAAGACGAUAAGGGCGGGAAGGUAGAAGAUGACAAAGAAUUGAUACUUUCCGAGGAUGAGGAGGCACUAGAGAAGCAAGAGGAUUAUGAGAGGGAAUUCAAUUUUAGGUUUGAAGAGAAUGCUGGUGAUAGGGUUUUGGGACACUCAAGGAAAAUGGAGGGUUCAGUUAGAAAAAAAUCAAAUGCAAGGAAAUCACAGAGGGAGAGAAAGGAAGAAAGGAUUGCAAGGGAAAAGGAGGAAAGGAAGGAGGAGUUGAAGCGGUUGAAGAAUUUGAAGAAGAAGGAGAUGCAUGAGAAACUUCAAAUGAUUAAGGAGACUGCCGGAAUCAAAGGUGAUGUGGCUUGUUUGCUAGAUGGGGUUGAUCUCGAAGGUGAAUUCAACCCAGAGCAGUAUGACAGCAAGAUGAACGAAACAUUUGGAGAUGCUUACUAUGAUGACGAUGAUGCAAACCCUAAUUUUGGGAGUGAAGAGGAUGAUGAAAAACCAGAUUUUGACAAGGAGGACGAGAUACUUGGGCUUCCAGCUGGCUGGGAUAAGGUGAACCAACAAAAUGGGUUUUUAUCCGCCAGAGAAAAUAUCUUGAAAAGGGGGGUGGCUUGUGAUAAUGAGGAUGAAGAUUGGGGACCAAUGCGUAAUACUGCUGCAAUGCAGGCUGCUAAGGAGCAACUGAUGGAUGAAUAUUACAAGUUAGACUACGAGGAUGUUAUAGAUGACCUGAAGACUAGGUUUAAGUAUAAGCCUGUUAAGCCUAAAAAGUUUGGGCUGAAAGCUGAGGAGAUUUUGAUAUUGGAUGACAAGGAGUUGAAUCAGUAUGUACCUUUAAAGACAUUAGCGCCGUACCGAGAGACAGAGUGGAAGGUGCCACAUAUUAAGAGAUACCAACAAAAGCAGAAAGUUAGAGAGCUGAUGCUUGAGGUUUCGCAGAAACAAAAUGGUGGACGGCAUGAGAAGAAUAAGAAGAAACCAAGAGAGAUGGAAACCAGUAAGGCAGAGACUUCCACAGAAAAUGGUGGUGAUGAUACAAGUAGUAAUCUAUCAAGGAAGAAAAGGAGAAAACUUCGUCAGGCAGAACUUAAGAUAUCCCAUCAAAGGCUUUUGGCAUAUGGGAAGAAGUAGCAUCACUAUGAAGGUACUGUGGCUGAAAUUGAACUGCAAAUGUGCGUUUUCCUCGUCCUUUUGCUUGCAUUGCAGGGUUCACCAUUUUUUGCAGUUCACAUUUGUUUUCUCAAUGUCUUCAUGUUUCUUCAUACAAACUGUCGUGUGGAUUGCAAGCUGGAGUUUGGGGACUUGUGCUUGCAGAAACAGUGCAGGUGAAUCUUUGUUUUGGUUGCAUAUUGUACUCUCUUAAUCAGCUUACUUUAAGAUAUGAACAUGAAAGGUGCAAUAUUCUCUCUAAAUUUUCUGGAUUUCAUAGAAUGCUCUUGGUGUAUGGUUCAGUUUUUUAAUGGGAUUUGAUGAAUUAUUUUUAUCAUGUCUUCUUAAGAAAGAAAAGUCAGCUUA